AUGACUACCGCUCUCGUCUCCGCAGCCAUUGUUCCUUUGCUCGGGCUGGUCGCUUCGUUCCAUUACGGAGAUUGGUUGCCGGAUUUCACCUCAAAAAGCGGCUUUGACGAAGGAGUCCAACGAUUCGGUCGCUGGCUUCGAAAGAAAGGUUGGGUGGAGGAUGCUGACGUGGAUAUUGUGAAGUCCGACGGGUCUGCUUCGGGCAAUGAUUCUACUACUGGAUCGCCCGGUCAAUCUCAAUUGAGACCGGAAGACAGAAAAGGCGUUCGUCUGGUGCUUGAGUUCGCGACUGCCUAUGCAAUCACGAAAGCUCUACUACCCGUAAGGAUAGUCGCUAGUGCAUGGGCAACGCCAUGGUUUGCGAGAUCCGUUCUCGCUGCGGUAGGCAGGGGCGUCGGGGCUCUUCUUGGGAAAAAGUAG